GAUAUCAAAAGAGCUCAUUUCAGACAUGGUGUGUCGUCCCUAAAUCUCACGCAGAACUCGCCAAGAAUUAUGGGAUAGAACCAUAUAUCGGCCUGACAACUUCAUGUGUUGAAACGACAGAUAAACGAUUUAAUUUUGGCACGGUGACAUGUUAUGGAAAGAUGGUAGAGAAUGCCAAUUGUCCUAAAGAUCAGCAGUACAUGGUGGUCAAGACUGCAUCUUAUCGUGGAUUAGCUGCAGGAAAGAUAUGUGGCCAAAAUUAUGAUUACAGUUGUGAGGUCGAUGUGACAUGUGUUGUCAAGAGAGAAUGUGACCGUCAACACGAGUGCCAAAUGACUGUGGAUGAAAGGGUGUUCCUCGACUAUGCCGAUGCUUGCCCGGGAUUAACAAAAUAUCUCUACUUCGAGUAUCAGUGUGUUGAUACACCAGGAGUCCAUUUGUGUGCCCCAAGCGGUCCUCCAUUGAACAUAAGAACUACAUCAAGAAGCACAUCGUCGUUAACUUUCGUCUGGGACCCCCCUAAACAACGUAAGGAAAAUGGUGUCAUUCUCAGUUACACCGCGUGUGCUUCAGAGUCGGAGGAUGGUCCUUGCUUUCAGACAUUUGUAAGAGCAACAAGAAAGUGGGACGUUAGAAAUUUGAAUGCAUCAACAAAAUAUUACAUCCGUGUUCUUGCAAGCAAUGAAGGCGGCGAUGGAAACUACAGUGAAAGUAAAGGGUUUUUAACGAAUGGAAAAGCAACAAUGGGGGCGACAGCGAAUACAGCAAGUACACUUGCAUUUUCAUUAGAAAUUCCUUCAAAAACCUUUCUGUAUUUGUAUGUUGUCGCUUUGAAAUUGAAAGAAGGGGAAGAAAUAGAAUCAUCAAGUACAUACGAGGACAAUGAACUGGUGACAUAUGCUGAGGCAAUAAAAUCUCGUCAUCCAAUUCCUUAUAUCGCUGCUGUGAUACUCUUCAGCGGAGUUAAUGAUAACAACUUUAUACUUGGUGAUGGCAGUAACACAAGUGAUGCUACAACGGAAAGAGGAUUUGCCAAGACUGGAUAUUAUAAUGGCCCUUUAGAACCUGGAUCUAGUUACAGUAUUUUUCUGCGGAUUUUUUUGGGUGACAAGGAAGAUUACUACUCGACCGAUUGGAGUGCUUCUUCAAAGACCAGUGAAUAUGCAGGUGGACCUCGUGUGUUAUUAAACAUGUCAAACGGCAAAGUAACUGCGAAACAAGGUGAUCUUGUCAAUCUGCUGUGCUCUGUUCAAGGCGAACCUCCGAUUACUUUCCAAUGGGAGAAAGACAAGAAGGCGCUAGACAGUUUUUUCGAAAGUCACGAGUCCAUAAGCAGUUCUUUUCUUGUUGUACCAGUAAAAGAUCAGACAGGUUUUGGAAAAUACAUUUGUCAUAUUCGCGAUCGAUUUCAUACUGCUAAUCACACAAUCUGGAUCAACAAACUUGAAAGUACAAGUACUGUCUGUACUGACGUAGUCUCAGGUGAAGAAAAUACUAAAGUGAACCUCGUUGGAAUUACAGUGCUUGCAGUUCUCCUCACAAUAUCCCUUAUCGUACAUGCCUGCUUUGCGCAUCAAUAUCGUCGUCUUAAAUUGGCAAGCGCGAAUGCGAGUUUGGAGAACGAAAACAAAGAUAGAAAUUCGCAAGAUUGCAAAAAUCGUGAAAAAAAUGACGAGAAUUAUGAACCUGUGGUGGUUGGAGCAUCGCCUUAUACAGUUCCUGAAAUCACCGGUGAUGGAGAAUAUGACGAUCAUGUGUAUAGUCAUCUAAAUGAAGUUCAGAAUGACUACGAAAAUCAAAAGGAAACUGGAAUGUAAUAAAUUUGCAUUUUAAAUAACGUAUACGUAUAAGACAACUUAUUUUUGUAAGACAGGUUAGUUCGGGAUAGAAAGGUUUCUUAAUAAUUAAGCAUGCAAUUACACUGACUGAC